UGUUGUUUUGGAAUUUCUGAGAAAAUAAAAUUAUUUUGGAAUGUGUCCACACGCUGUCCGGGAAUGGCUGGUGCUUCUUACCAUGGAGAUGUAUAUGGAUAGGUUUAUGAAAAAUGGCUACGACACCAUUGCCCAAUGUAAGCUAAUUGUUCCGCGGGAUCUUAAAAUAUUGGGCAUUUACCAUCCAGGCCAUCGUAAGUUGCUGGUAGAUGGUGUUCAACUAAUGAAUAACGCGCCAGAGCGCUUUAUAUGUGUCGCGCCUUGUCAGGAAUACCAUCACAGCACCACAUUCGAGAAGCAAGAAAGGUUUCACUGUGAGCCCAAGAGUUCCGAAGGCUCUACUGAUAGUGACGAUGAAGUGGAUAACAAUAUAUCUGUACGCACUGUUGAUGACCGUAUAUCACGAUGCGUGCCAGUACCUACACCAUCUCAAAGCGUCACUCCCAAUACAUCGAAAAACGCCUACGAGGUCUCAGAAACGACUCUGAUGCCAGCUAUCAGUUUUAGUGUCUCCUACACUUGCGUUGCUUGUCCAGACUUGGCUUUCAGGAGUACUUCAGAAUUUCCGGAGCACAUAGUCCAGGCCGAGGAUGGGAACUCUCAUAAAAUUGCACCACCUUCGAGAGAGGCGGCUAUAUAGCUGCACGAUAGCGGCAAGAUGGAAGAUUCCAUGUAGUAAAUCGAUUUCAAUAAAACUAGUAAUACA